AUGUCUGUUCAAAAAGUCGCCCUCAUAACCGCCAGCUCGGCGGGACUGGGUGCUCAAAUCGCACGCGUCUUCGCGCCAGAUUUCCGAGUGGUAAUAAACUACGCCUCCAACGCCUCCCGCGCCCAGCAACUCGUCGACGAGCUCUCCAAAAUCCCAAGCACGCACUCCUCUCCCGCAAGCCCCCGCUUCCACAUCCUCCAGGCCGAUGUGUCCUCCAGGCCCUCCGUGGAGAACCUCGUCAAGGAAACGCUCAAGACAAUGGGCCGGCUAGACGUCGUGGUCUCAAACGCCGGCUGGACACGCAUGACGACGUUCCUAAACAUCGACGAGGGAGUCAAUGACGAGGACUGGGACAAAUGCUUCGUCAUGAACGUGAAGACACACAUGUGGCUCGCAUAUGCGGCAAAAGACGCCUUGGCAGAAACCGAAGGGACCUUCAUCUCGACCGCAAGCGUGGCUGGUGUGAAGCCUUCUGGUUCGAGUCUUCCCUAUGCGGUGACGAAGGCGGCGCAGAUUCAUCUUGCGAAGAGCUUGGCUGUUAUUUUGGCACCGAAGAUUAGGGUUAAUAGUGUCAGCCCGGGGAUGAUGCUCACGGAGUGGGGGAUGAAGUUCCCGGAGUCGAAGAGAGAAGCAGCGAGGAAUAACACGAAGUUGAAGAGGCUGGCGACUGUCGAGGAUGUUGCGGACCAGAUUAGGACGUUGGCGCUGAGCAGGAGUGCUACGGGGCAGAAUUUGUGCAUAGAUGGAGGGUCGUCUUUGUAG